AGGUUCCAUUUUUGUAGCGUUUUAGGCACUGUUGAGCAGUUUUGUCUGAGUGUGUGUUUGUUGUCAGAAUUAUGGAACGUCAGAAGUUCAGAGCGGCUUUUUUAGAAGAGCUGGAUGGUGUUAAGUGCUAAUGAGAAUAUGAUUCGGUAAGUGCUUGUGAAGAGGAUGUAGCGUGGAUCUCAGUUGUGUGUGUGUGUGUGUGUGUGUGGGUGAGUGUGUGUGUGUGUGUGUGUGUGUGUGGGUGAGUGUGCGCACAUUUGGUCCUUUCUCUUUCAGGUUCAGUCAGUGUUGGUUGGUGCGAGCUGCAGACGGGCUGCUGUGGUCCACGCAGACCAUUCAGUGGAGCUCUUGGUCUCGGCCUUAAAGGGGGCGGGGCACCAGCAUGAGCCAGGUCAAGCUGGAGUCUGAUGGAGAGUGUGUUCAAGAUGUGGCUGACUUUAUUUGGGAUGACUACCUGGAGGAGACUGGAGCCGUGGCUGUGCCCCAUCAUGCCUUCAAACAUGUGGACCAGGGUCGGCAGACAGGACUGACCCCUGGCAUGAAGCUGGAGGUGUGUGUGCGCUCAGAGGCUGACGGUCCUUACUGGGUGGCCACCAUCAUCACUACAUGUGGCCAGCUGCUGCUGCUGCGCUACGAAGGAUACCAGGAUGACCGCCGUGCCGACUUCUGGUGCGACCUCAUGGCGGCAGACCUGCACCCGUUGGGCUGGAGCCGGCAGCACGGCAAAACCAUGAGACCGCCUGAGGGCGUGCGUGAGAAACAUGCAGACUGGGAGGCUCUGCUGGAGAAGGCCUUGGCUGAGGAGUGCAGCGCACCAGUCAGCCUGCUGGAGAUGCGUGGCGGAGACCCGGUGGAGCUUCUGUGUGCGGGAUGCUACGUGGAGCUCCAGGACAGCGCCGACCCGGUGCUGGCCUGGGCCGCCGAGGUAGAAGAGAACGUCGGAGGAAGGCUGAAGCUGCGGRUGCUCGGCACCGAGGGCCUCCCAGACACGCCCGCUACACUCUGGCUCUUUUAUCUGCACCCACGCCUGCACCCACCAGGGUGGGCUAAAGAGCACGGCUGCACCCUGAGGCCUCCGUCAGAGCUGUUGGCGCUGCGRACUGAGGAGGAGUGGGAGGAGGUUAGACAGAGGAUAAGCGACCUUCCUCAAGAUGAAGCUCUGACUGCAGAGUUUACUAAGGAUCAGCCUGCCAUUGCUGAUCAUUGUUUCAAGGAAAGGAUGAAACUAGAAGCUGUUGACCCCGCAGCACCCAUUUCCAUCAGGCCUGCUACUGUCACCAAGGUCUGAAGCAGCCAAUGCCGGAGCUGRUGGUCCAUGUGGAUUCUCUGGACAUCUUUCCCGUCAGCUGGUGUGAAACAAACGGCUAUCCGCUGGUCUACCCCAUCAAGCUCUCAGUUGAAAAAGAAAGAAAAAUAGCUGUUGUGCAGCCAGAGAAACACAGAACUCCACCAAAGUCUUCAUCACCUGAUGCAGUCAAACAGCAGAUGGCAAACCAGUCUGAAACAGGCCAGGGCAAUGGAAAAUACUGCUGUCCCAAGAUCUAUUUCAACCACAGGUGCUUCUCAGGUCCUUAUCUUAACAAAGGGCGCAUUGCUGAGCUUCCCCAGUUCAUCGGCCCUGGAAACUGUGUCCUUGUUCUGAAAGAGGUUUUGASUCUGCUGAUAAACUCGGCAUACAAGCCCAGCCGAGUGCUGCGAGAGCUGCAGCUGGAUCAGGAGAGCCGCUGGCAGGGCCAUGGAGAGAUACUCAAAGCCAAGUACAAGGGAAAGAGUUACAGAGCCACAGUGGAAAUUGUUCGCACUGCAGACCGUGUGGCAGACUUCUGCAGGAAGACCUGCAUCAAACUGGAGUGCUGCCCAAACCUGUUUGGACCUCGCAUGGUUCUGGAGCACUGUUCCGAGAACUGCUCUGUCCUCACCAAAACCAAAUACACUGCACCACGGAUUUGGGCUUAUUACUAUGGAAAGAAAAAGAGUAAACGUGUUGGUCGUCCUCCUGGGGGACACACUAAUUUAGAUAGUGGCGUGAAGAAGAGAGGAAGGCGGAGGAAGCGGAGGAAGCAGCUGUUUGUCCACAAGAAGAGACGCUCUUCAGCCUCGGUGGAUAACACACCUGCUGGAUCUCCUCAGGGCAGCGGGGAAGAAGAAGAUCUGGAUGAGGAUGACUCCCUGAGUGAAGACACCGGCUCUGAGCUGCAGGAUGAUCUCCAAGACGAUUCUGAACAGUCGGUCGGUAAAUCUCAGCCCACCACACCGUCCCCCUCCCCACCAGCGACGCCCAGACCCUCACGCAGACGCCGGAAACCUCGCUCCCCCUCCUUCUCUGAUGAUGAGAACCACCCACCUUCACCCAAAACGUCAAAGGUUGAACCUCCUCAGAAGCUGUGUUUGGACACCAGCCCACUGGAGUGGACCGUUUCUGAUGUGGUUCGCUUCAUCAGGACUACAGACUGUGCACCUCUUGCAAGGAUUUUCUUGGAUCAAGAGAUUGACGGRCAGGCGCUGCUGCUGCUGAACCUUCCAACAGUGCAGGAAUGCAUGGAUCUGAAGCUGGGCCCGGCCAUCAAGCUGUGCCACCACAUAGAGAGGGUCAAGCUGGCGUUUUAUCAACAGUUUGCUACGUAGCCGAUGCAGAAGGUUGAUGGGACACGUUUGAACAUCCUGUUCUGCAUUUUCAUCCUGAGAAAAUGUGGAACAUGUACAGUAUUAAUUUGUUUUCUUUAAACAAAAACACACUGGACAUUUUUAUUUUAAACUUGUUGAAACAAACCUGAGUCCGAGACAGGUGAAGCAAUGUUUCCUGAUCCUCAGGGAUGAAAGAGCCAAGAAAGUGGAGAAAAACAAAAUCAAAAACAUUGUGUGAGCUUAUUGGGUAAAAGGCACAGAAGGAAGACAGCCUGAUGCACUGAAGUUUUAAGAUAAAAGAUAAGCGUGAACUUGGCACACUUUAGUGUAAAAAUCUAAUCUAUUUUCAAGGAUUUGCUUUCAAAGUAAUGGAUGGUUUCUAUAAGUAUUUAAAAUAAAGUUUGAUUUGUUUUUUUCUUUAGGUUAACAAUUUUGAUUUUCUAAGUUCCCUCCUCAGUCUUGUUCCAGAGCUGGAGCGAAUGAACUGCAGCUGUAAUUUCUUCUCUCUUAAGAUGGGCAAAAAAAAAGGAGCCUUUUAACAUUUUAUACUUUGCCCAUGAUUAUUAUGAAUCUUCUGCCCCCUGUUGUGACUUUUGAAACUACAGACAGUUCCAGCAUAUGACCACACUGGAAGCCUUUGUGCUGUGCUCAGGUUUUUACAGUAGUUGUGCUUAAAAAAAAAAAGAAAAAUAGUUGAGUCAGGUCUUCCUUUCCUCGGAAAUCAAACAAGAAGUUGCAUAAAACAGCUAAAAGGAAGCACUAAAAAAGGAAAUUCUGGUAAACAUUUUCAACACAUUGCUGGUAAUGUGUUGAGUUGUAAACAUGCAUUUUUAAAAAAAUUUAUCAGACUUUUUUUUCUUAAGAGACCAAAUUAUUGUCCAGAUUUUCAGAGGGGGUUACAUUAUCCUGUGAUGAAAGCACAAGAAAAAACAUGUGCCAUUUGGUGAUUUACCACAGUGCAUGUUUGUACAUAGUGUACAUAAUUAAAUCUUUUUAGUGCAACAGGGUGAUUUGAAAGAAUAUAUUGUCUGCAUAAGAAAUGUGUAAAUCUCCAAAAUUAUACAGUAUAUUUGCACAGAAUAGGCCUAAACUUUCAUACAUGAGUUAAACAAAGCAACGAGUCAUAUCUGAGGAGUAGUUUUAACAGGUGACUGCUGUUUUUAAAAUGCUUUUGUAAUUUGUUCUUUCCAUGUAGUGAUUUAAUGUACAUGUUUAUUUUGUGCGAUAGAGACUUCCAUUGUCUGCUAAUUUGUUGGUUCGUUCAAAAUAUUAGAACAAACUUAUUUGUUGUUUGAAGGUCAUUACUUGUAUUUAAGAAAACAAACACUGCAAUAA